UUAGGUCUGGGACUAACUUCCCAAUUAGAAACUUUGCAUGCUGAUAGAGAUGAAAAAGUUCGGAUUCAGUUGCAAGUAUUUGAAAAGAACCAACAAGCAGAUGAAGACCUCUUAGGACCAGAACAACUGUCUACCCAGAAUGUAUUUGACAACCUCUUUUGCAAGUUGGCUGAUUCGCCUCAUUCAAUGUGUUUGCAUGCUUUGCUGCUUAACCUAAUGCAGCUGGAUCCAUCAGAUUCUAGAAAUGAUGGUGUGUGGGCAGCACUAGAGGAAACUUCUGCCAAAGCUGCCCGUAAUCUGAUCAAUAAUUCAAGGGUUCAGCCAACUCCUGUUAAGGAAUUAAGUGAUGCAGCAGAGUGUGAAAAUUAUGACAGUGAUUCAAUGAGUGUAGAAGAUGAUGGUGCAGUUAACACAGAAAAAAAGAAACUUCUUUCCAACUAUGUCACUAAAAAAAAGAAAGUUAAGGUACUUCAAAACAAAGCUGUGCAGUGUUGCCUGAAUGAGGAGAUUACAGAUCUGUCUGAUUGCUCUAGUGACAAAGACACUUUGGCAUUGAUUUCUAACAAAGUUGAAAAAUCUGAGACAUUUGAGUCACCUGCAAUGUUAACACCACCACCGCCACCUCCCCCUCCACUUCCACCAUCUUUGACUGCCUUCUGUUCAACAGUACAACCAGUAAAGUCGCCACCUCCCCCACCACCACCACCACCUCCCCCACCACCA